UUCCAAAAAGCUGGACCACUUCAUUCACAUCUAUAUAUAACACAGAGGACAUAAGCUGGUUGAAGAAUACUAAAGAAAGGAGAAGUUCUGAGAAGUCCUAGAUAUGCCGGCAAAGAUGGAAGACCCAAUACAGCUUAAAGAGGAGGGAAACAAAUAUUUCAAAGAAAAUGAUUAUGACCAGGCUAUUAACUGUUACAGCAAAGCAAUAAAGCUUUUAAAAGAUAAGAAAACGUCGGCAGUUCUUUACCGUAAUCGAGCAGCUUGCCACCUUAAAAAGGAGAACUAUGUUCAAGCCGCCUCAGAUGCAUCUAAAGCCAUUGAUGUGGAUGCAAAAGACAUAAAAGCUCUAUUCAGGCGCUGUCAAGCCCUGGAAAAACUGGGGAAAUUGGACCAAGCAUUUAAGGAUGUUCAAAGAUGUGCAACACUUGAGCCAAAGAAUCAAACAUUCCAAGAGAGUCUGCACAGAAUAGGUGCUGAUAUCCAUCAAAAGCUUCAUGUUCAAUUUUCCACCGACUCCCGGGUUCAAACGAUGUUUGAAAUCCUGCUGGACCCAAAUACUGAAAAAGAGAAGAGGGAAAAGGCUGUCAACAAUCUUAUAGUUCUAGGGAGAGAAGAAGCCGGUGCGGAACGGAUAUUCCAAAACAAUGGUGUAAAUCUUCUCAUGCAGUUGGUGGCAACGAAAGAUCCAGAGCUGAUUCUCUCUGCAGUGAGAACACUGUCUGGAAUGUGUACUGGGCAUAGAGCACGAGCUACUGCUAUCCUGCACCUUGUGAAUUUAGAGCGAAUCUGCCGCAUUAUGGCUAUGGACAAUGAAGAAAUUGCUCUAGCAACAUGCAGUCUUGUGCAGAACAUCGUUGACUCACUUACUAAAGAGGAUCGGAAAGAACAUGGCAAGGAAGAGGCUCUUGUGUUAGAUACUAAGAAAGACCUCCGGAUGAUAACCGUGCAUUUGUUGGACAUGCUUGUUAAUAAGAUGGUAUCUGGACAUGGCAGAGAUCAAGCUUUAAUCCUACUUAAUAAAAAUAUCCCCCGAAGUGACCUGAAGGAAAAGGAUCAUUCCCGGACUCUCUUUGUGGUUGACACAGGCCUAAAGAAGAUUCUUAAGGUCUUAAGUCAGAUUCCUGAAUUGCCAAACUGCCUUCCUUUGACAUUCAACACCAGGGUAAAUGCUUCAAUCCUACUAAAUAAACUCUAUGAUGAUCUACGUUGCGAUCCAGAGAGAGAUAACUUCAGACAGAUCUGUGAGGAGUAUAUAACUGGACAGUUUGACCCGAAAGAUAUGGAGAAAAAUCUGCAUGCCAUACAGACUGUGUCAGGGAUCUUGCAAGGGCCCUUUGAUUUGGGAAACAAACUCCUGGGAUUGCAGGGGGUCAUGGAAAUGAUGGUAGCACUGACUGGCUCAGAAAAUGAAAUAGACCAGUUGGUUGCAGUGGAAGCUCUUAUUCAUGCCUGUACGAAACUCAGCCGUGCCACCUUCAUUAUAACAAAUGGAGUGUCCUUGUUGAAAGACAUCUACAAGAAAACGAAGAAUGAGAAGAUAAAGAUCCGUGCCUUGGUGGGUCUCUGCAAACUGGGAUCAGCUGGAGGUACAGAUUAUGGUUUAAGACAGUUUGCAGAAGGAUCUACUGAUAAACUUGCCAAGCAAUGCAGGAAGUGGUUGUGUAACCCAGCCAUUGACCUACAGACUAGGAAGUGGGCAGUGGAAGGCCUGGCAUAUCUGACAUUAGAUGCUGAUGUAAAAGAUGACUUUGUUGAAGAUGAGCAAGCUCUGCAAGCCAUGUUUGAGCUGUGUAAGACAAGUGAUAAAACCAUUCUCUACUCUGUGGCCACAACUCUGGUCAACUGCACAAACAGCUAUGAUGUGAAGGAAGUCGUUCCAGAACUUGUCCAGCUGGCUAAGUUCUCCAAGCAGCAUGUUCCAGAACAACACCCAAAGGAUAAGAAAGACUUUGUGACAAAACGAGUGAAGAGACUUCUUAAGGCUGAUGUCAUCUCCGCCUUAUCCUGCAUGCUGAAAGCAGACAAUGCCAUACUUACAGACCAAACCAAGGAACAACUAACUAGGGUUUUCUUAGCUUUGUGUGAAGAUCCCAAAGACAGAGGAAUCAUUGUUGCACAAGGAGGAGGCAAGGCCAUGAUUCCUCUAGCCCUGGAAGGUACAGAACUAGGUAAAACGAAGGCAGCCCAUGGCCUGGCUAAGAUAGCAGCUGUAUCAAACCCUGACAUUGCAUUCCCUGGAGAGCGGGUAUAUGAAGUAGUCCGUCCUCUGGUCAGUCUCCUGAACACAGAAAAAGAUGGAAUGCAGAACUUUGAAGCACUUCUUGGCCUGACCAACCUCUCUGGAAAAAGCGACAAAUUAAGACAAAAAAUUAUUAAGGAGAAAGCUCUCGCUGAUAUUGAGAAUUACAUGUUCGAGAACCAUGAACAGCUCCGACAAGCUGCCACAGAAUGUAUGUGCAACCUAGUGGUGAAUAAAGAGGUUCAGGAGAGGUUUAUGGUUGAUGGAAACGAUCGUUUGAAAUUGGUGAUUUUGCUUUGUGGAGAGGAAGAUGAGGUGAAACUCCAAAGAGCAGCAGCUGGAGCUCUCGCUGUUCUGACUGGUGCCCAGAAGAAGCUGUGCCAGAAAAUGACGGAAGUAACAACACAGUGGAUGGAGAUCCUGCAGAGACUUUGUCUAAAUGAAGACUUGCAGGUUCAGCAUCGAGGAGUUGUAAUUGCCUACAACCUCAUCACUGCAGAUAAAGAGCUGGCAAAGAAACUGGUGGAGUCCGAGACGUUGGAGAUCUUAACAGUAAUUGGAAAACAGGAGAGCAAUCCCAGCAAACAACAUAUCAUAGAUGUGGCUAGAGAAGCCCUGGUUAAAUGUUUAGAUUAUGAGCUAAUCAAGCCCAUGUCAUGAAUAUAGAUGUUUUAGGAAAAAAAUCCCAUGUGUCAAAGGUGCAUUCCCUUUGUAUGUUGGGGAGUAACGACGAGUACUAAAAUGAUGCAAAGUAAAUGUGUGCUUAUAUAAUAAAAUUGGGCACUUCUCCUUUUAUAAUGUAGAUACAUAUUUUUUAUUUCCGUAAACAAAUUUGGCUUUUUAAAGUAGGUUUUAGAAAAAAAAAGAGCAGUUUCCUGUAAGUCAACCUGGUUUAUUUACUGCAUAUUAUUUGUGCUCUGCACCAAUCUAUAACAAAGUACAGGACAAUAUACCAUACACAUCUGCAUGGAUUUGAGGGAAUGUUGCGUUAUUUAAAAUCUAUAUCAUGCUCCAUUUUAUACAAUUCCUUCAAAUUUACCACAAUGCAAUAAAUACUGUACAAAGUAAGAACAUAAGAAGAUAUGAAACAGUUACAGCCUAAAUGCAACUACAACCUGAAGUUGGUGUGACUGCAGCUAACACUAAUCUUCCAUUUUCCUGAAGUGCUACUUGAGAGGUCCUAGAUAGCAAGAUUUGGGGUGCCUUUGGGUUCUCAUGCAGGCUGACAUUGUGCUUACAUUACUAACAUAUGCACAAAAUAAACUUCUUUAUCUAACAAAAUCGGCUCUCUGCAGGGUUAAGGAGCCAAAUGGAUUUGAACAACUGUUUUGUUCGAGAAAAACAACUCCUAUGACUAGCUUCAGCAAACCCAGGUACAGCUAACAUACUGUAGCUCUCCAGUGUGACCAAACCGCCAAACAGUACCAUGAACCUCAACUUUCCAACACCUUCUAUGAGUAUGGUUGGAAGUGUAACACUAAGCAGUGGCGUAGCUAGAAAUGACUGGGCCCCACAGCAAAUUUUUGAAUGGGGCCCCCUCCCCCAGUAAUUUUUUCGCAACCCCUUCCUUUCAUGCCGCCCCCAUUCCUCUGGCUACUAAAGAUCA